UAACUUCCUUCUACACAGAAGAUACAUUAACGGUGACAAAAUACAAUUUCACGUUAGCGUUUAUGUUAUUUAGACGUUUAUUAACACCCUGGAACACAAACUAAUUUAACGGCACAGCAUCACAUACUUAACUCAGGUAGUCUUUAAUUCACGUUGGAGACGACUUGGUCGAUAUGUUAUCUAGGUAACGCUAGCUAGCUGCUAACUUUAGCUAACAAUGGCUAACUGCAAUGGCAACGUUAUGGUUUUUCACACUCAAAUAGCCUCCAUUAUGGAGGUGCUGGCUAACGCAGCUGUGGUAGAGAUCUGUAAACUCGUAGACGACGACUAUGCAGUGUUUCGUUUGGAAAUUUCUCAAAGCCAGAAAGAAAACCGGGGAUUGCGGAGGAAACUACAGCUACUGGAACUGAAGGUGGCACGGGAGCGUCGUCCCAGUAGUGUCAAGAUCCUCGACCGAUACAGAGGAACGACGAGAGGUGAAGGCCACAGGACCUUGGUGAAGCCAGCGGGAUACAAUACAUGGCAAGAUGACCAACCAAUCACUGUUGAUGAGGGGAGUGGAACCUCAACCCAGCAUGUUAACGUGAUAGAGUCUGCAGAUGUAGAGGCUGCAGGUCCUGAAGGAUCGUCUCUGGUCAAGCAGGAGAAGUCUGAAGGAGAGGAGGACCCACGGCACAACAGAGAUUUCCACCCUGUAGCCACGGAGGACCUACACACCGCUGCCGCGCCCAAGCCUAGGACACGGCACAGCAUCACGGAGGUCAGUGGAACGCCGAACGCCGUCCUCAAGUCAGAGACAGACACCGAGACUUUAACUGUAACCAAAAGGCUUUUACACAUAGGAUCUGACCUCAGGUCAGAUCCAGAGAGACUGGGGCCACUGGGCUGUUCUCCUGCUCCCAGUUCAGAGUAUUUACUUUACGGUAACCCAAGCCCGAGGACAGCUCCAUCCAAUCGGGACUCAGGUGACGCAUUCGAGAAUGGCAAUGAUCCGUCUUGUUCUUACGCUAUAGAGAUGGACCCUGGUAACAUAUCCUUGGGUUUAGAGACACAGACUGAUCUGUCUAGAGGGGACUGGAACCGGUACAGUAGUAGUGUAUACUCUGAAGGGUGCCAAGAUAAGAAAGGGGAGGUUAUAGUUGCAAAUGACGUAAAAGUGGAGAGCGACGCUCCUCCGACAUGGAAUGUAGACGAGACUCAUUUAGGAGGACACUCACAAGGCAAAGAUUUAUUUGAUUACAGGGGAAGCUUAAAGACUAAUCUAAAUGUCACCACCCACUACGCUUUACACAAUUUCAGGGAUUGCGACCCAGUAUCCACGUUGAUGGCCCCUUCGGAUUCACACGACCGCGUCCUUUUCGAUCAGGUAUUGAACUCAAAGGACCAAAGGGCCAAGGCACAGGGUGGGUGUGCAAAAUCAGGUAGUAGUAAAGAGAAACGGUUCCUCUGCAUGUUCUGUAACAAAGGCUUCAGCUGCCUCCAGAAUGUUGAGAUCCACCAGAGGGUCCACACAGGGGUGAAACCCUUCAGCUGCCCCCAGUGUGAGAAGAGGUUCUCCCAGGCUUGUGACCUGAAGAGGCACCAGAGGGUCCACACAGGGGAGAAACCAUAUAGCUGCCCCCAGUGUGAGAAAAGGUUCUCCCAGGCUGGUGACCUGAAGAGGCACCAGAGGGUCCACACAGGGGAGAAACCAUUUUGCUGUACCCAGUGUGACAUGCGCUUCGCCCUGGCUGGCAACCUGAAGAUGCACCUGAAGGUCCACAUGGGAGAUUCUCAGAGGGAAGCAGCAGAAAAACCAUUCCACUAUAACAUAGAAAGUAACCAUUCCACUCAAUAGCUUCUGAUGUUUAGAUCAAACCCUGCAUUAAAUAUAAAGAUUCAUUUUGGUUGUUAGAAGAAAAGGUCCACAGAUGCAUUUGCAAUAACGAGAGAAACAGAUUUCACUGUUGAAUAUUGUGUUACAUAUUGUUUGUACUGUGUAGGCUAUAUGAUGUUCACAAAUGCCUAUUUCAUUACUUCCAUUCAACUACUUAAUUUUUCCUAAGACACUUUUAAUGAGGAAAUGAAUGCAGUUUUAUCAAGUUCAUGCAGAUUUUUUGUUGUAACAUUACAUGCAAGUCAUUUAACAGAUUUUCUUAUCCAGAGCGACUUAGUAGUGCAUUAAUCUUAAGAUAGCUGGGUGAGACAACCACAUAUCACAGUUGCAGGAAGUCACUGCUUUGUUCUUUGUACUCCAUGGAGUUGUCAAUCAACCGUGAUGUGGUUUUGGAGCUGGCAGGACUUCCCCGAGAGGAAGAGCAGCUCCGUCUUGUUGAGCUUGAGGUGGUGGGCCGGGUACGCAGAGAAACACGUAUGUGUGGUUUUCGUAUGGUGUAUUUAAAACUUGUUUUAUGUUGAAUAAACACAAAAUUCAAGACUUUAA